GUGCUGUUGUUGAAGCGGAGCCAGCUGUAGUAGACCAGAGCCAUGCCGCAGUGCGCCGAACGGAUUAUAGCAAAGCGGAGUAUGUUGGUGACCAUCAAAACAAGGGAUCAGCACCGGCGACACCUCAGCAGUCGAUGCCUCCACCGACUACGCUCUCUCCUACUCCUGCUUCUGCAACUGCGAGGACCGUCCAUCACGGACUCGGACAAUCUACUUCACAAAUAGACCCACUCGAAGAUGCUUUCCGUCGCUUGUUUAUCCCAUCCACGAGCAAGAACAGUCUUGAACAGCUACACGGUAAGACCUCGUCGAGUAGCAAAGGAGCACCUCUAGUACCUGCUGGAUCGCCACCUCAGAAUUUCCAUCCUCCUAGCGCGCCAUGGCUUGCCACGGAACACCUUGAUGCUUCAUCUUCAACAAAUAAGCAGGUACCACAGGUACAGGGGAAAUCUUCAAUGCAACAAGCGCGUCAGCCGUACUUCUUUUAUCAACAACCUGAGGCAUCCUGCUCUACCAUGCCAAUAUUAUCGUCCAGACAAAGCUCGCCUCGUGGUCUGGGGAUGGAGAUUUCUGUCGCUGGUGCGUCCAAAAAAUCUUCUGUUGGAGAUGGAGUUCUACUAGAAGACUUGACUCGGAGUAGAACCGCUACAAAGAAUAGCGAGAUGACGGCUGCUUCAGUGACGACAACUUUGAACACUCGGAGUAGAACCGAUACAAAGAAUAGCGAUAUGACGGCUGCGUCAGGCAAUGUGGCUGCUUCCGUUAACAAGAUGAGGGCAAAUAGAGGAAAGGGAAAGCAAUUUGCUUGGGAUUUCUUCGAAAAGGCUAGAUCAUUAGGAGACACCAAGCGAUCAAGCACCAAGACAACAGACGAAGGC